CUCCGCAGCAAGUUUCGCUUCACCCUCUUGAUCUUCACUGAAAUUCCUCUCUCUCUCUCUCUCUCUCUCUCUCUCUCUUCUAUCUCUUAGGUUCCAAAACAUUAAAGUUCUCAUGGAGCUUGCCCACAACAGAGCUCAUGAUCACGAGUACCAGAAGAGCAACAGCAUUAACACCAAUGAGCAUGUGAUAUUAGUCAUGGACCAAAAAAAUGUUAAAUCCAUUCCCUCAUCAGAAUCCAACAACUAUAUUGAUCCAACAAAUGCAACCAUAUCGAGAACCAAAACCCUCCGCCGCCUCAACUUCUCGAAGCCCAAGUCUCGCUUCGACGAGGCUGUUAUGGUCAACUAUCCGAGUUCUAUCCCCGAAUACUCUGAGGAAAGAGAAUCACAACAUUUGCUUGAUGACUCUUCUUCAUCAUCUGACACUGACGAUGACUGGUACGACAAUGAAGAUGCUGAAAUAGUCGAGGACACCAGAGGUGGGAAGCAUGGAAAGAGGAGGAGGAGGAAAAAGAAAUUGAACAAAAGAGUGCUCUUGGAAUGGAUUCUCUUCCUCACAAUCAUGACUUGCUUGAUUUGUUCCCUUACCCUAGAUUCACUUCAAAGAGAGGUUGUUUGGGGCAUGAAGAUUUGGAAGUGGUGCCUGAUGGUUAUGGUGACGUUCUGCGGGCGGCUUGUGUCGGGGUGGCUCGUUGCAUUAAUCGUGUUUCUCAUUGAGAGGAACUUCAUGCUGAGGGAGAAGGUCCUGUACUUUGUUUACGGACUCCGCAAAAGCUUCCAAAACUGUGCGUGGUUGGGCUUGGUCUUAGCAUCUUGGGUUAUCUUGUUCCCUAAUGUUCACAAGCACCACAAAGUCUUGCAGAAACUCUUUAGGGCUUUAAUAGCGGUGCUUAUCGGGGCAACCAUAUGGCUCCUCAAGAUUUUGUUUGUCAAGGUGCUGGCCUCGUCGUUCCACGUCGCCACGUUCUUCGACCGAAUGAAGGAGAGCGUGUUCCACCACUACAUCCUGGACACCCUCUCGGGCCCGCCGCUGGAUGAGGCGGAGAGAGAACGGGCAGAGGAGGCUCACCGUCGCCUCCUGCAGCAGUCGAAGUCGAUGCCGGCGCGGAUGGGGUCAAAAAGAAUUGACAUGGAGAGGCUCAAGAAGUUGAGCAAGCAAAGGCGGGCCUCAGCCUGGAGCGUGAGGCGGCUUGUGAACUACAUCAGGCAGUCGGGGCUGUCAACCAUCUCAAGGACGGUGGACGACUUCGGCAAGGCAGAGGCAGAGAUCAACAGCGAAUGGGAGGCCCGGAGCUGCGCUCAACGCAUUUUCAAGAACGUUGCCAAGCCCGGCGCCAAAUAUAUAGAAGAGCAAGAUCUGCUCAAUUUCUUGAGGAGAGAAGAGGUUCACACGAUAUUUCCAACCUUUGAAGGAGCUCUUGAGACUGGAAGAAUUAGAAAGUCAUCCUUCAGAAAUUGGGUGGUACACGCAUGUUUUGAGAGAAAGGCGUUGGCGCACUCCUUGAAUGAUACAAAGACUGCAGUGCAACAACUACAUAAGCUGGCCAGUGCAAUUGCAAUUAUUAUCAUAUUUGUGGUGUCCCUCCUAGUAAUGGGGUUGGCUACGUCAAAGGUGAUAUUCGUGGUGACCUCUCAGCUUCUUUUGGUGGGUUUCAUGUUCCAAAACACCUGCAAAACUAUCUUCGAGUCCAUCGUUUUCGUCUUCGUGAUGCACCCCUUCGAUGUCGGUGAUCGCUGUGUCAUUGACGACGUUCAGAUGAUUGUAGAAGAGAUGAACAUUUUGACAACAGUGUUUCUGAGAUAUGAUAUGGAGAAGAUUUACUACCCGAACUCUGUUCUCCUCACAAAGCCGAUAAGCAACUUUAGGAGAAGCCCUGACAUGGCAGACACUAUUAAUUUCACCAUCGAUGCCUCGACAUCCACUGAUGAUAUUAAUGCCCUCAGGAAAGCUAUACAAGUGUAUAUCGAGAGCAAGCCAAAGCACUGGAGUCCGAAGCAUUCGUUGAUCGUGAAGGAGAUAGAAAAUGUAGACAAGAUGAAAAUGGCUCUUUGCGUGCAGCACACCAUGAACCAUCAGAACUAUGGGGAGAGGAACAACAGAAUGUCCGAUCUCAUUUUGGAACUCAAGAAGAUUUUCGAGAACUUGGGCAUCAAGUACCAUCUCCUGCCACAGGAAAUUCAUCUUUCACAAGUUAACAUGUCCACCGGACCUAUUGGUAGGUCUCCAAUAUUACAACCAUGAUCUAUGCAAAAUUGCAUCUCAGUAUGUUUACAGCAUAAGAAGAUUCAUGUAAUUUGCCUAAGUGAAUUGAUUAUGUAUCCAUGUAGCUUUGUCUAUUAAUUUGGGAGAUGAAUGGCUCUUGUUAUAAUC